AUGAAGUUCUUCGCCGCCCUCCUCGCUCUCGGACCGGCCCUUGCUGGCGUGAACGCUCUCGCGCCGACGCGCACGUCUACCCUCGCCUCGCGCGACGGCCUCUCGUUCAACCCUCCGCUGUCGGUCGUGGAAGCCGCCGCUGCCUCAACGCGUGACGAGGUGCUCCCGCGCACCAAUGCCGAGCGCCUCGCGCGUGGUCUGCCUCUGAAAAAGCCGCAUCGUCGUUCGCCAAGUCCGUCUUACCAAGCUAAACGCGCCACGGCCUCGAGCGUGGCCUACACCGGCGUCGUCCGCGUCGUCGAACCGAACAACAACAACGCCGUGCGCGGCUAUCUCGCCGCCACCCCCACCUCCUUCGGCGAGUACGGCGGCACGACGACCGACAUCUCUUCGGCGCUCACCAUCACGUUUACCACCUCCGACCCGUCCUCGCCGUUCGACAUCUCCAUCUCCGGUACAUACCCGGACCUAGGCUUCACCACCGGCUUCGCUAAUACGGACUUCAACUUCGGCCCGGGCGCGUACAACUACGCCUACCUCACGGGCGUCUCCGGCUCUCCCGCCGGCUCGUCCGCCACCAUCCAGCCCAACUCGUACUCGGCCGUCGCCGGCAUUACGGAGGGUACCGAGAGCGCGGUAUGGACUUGGGACAGCGCGAGCGGGGCGCUCACCCCGCGCUGGGUCAACACCGACGGAAGCACACCGGCCGUGACGCUCCUGUACGUCCCCAGCGCCAACGCCGUAGCGAUCACGGGCGACCCCGCCGCAUUCAACGCCAACUUCGGCACCUCCACCGUCGUGGCGUUCGAGUUUGUUCAGGCUUAGAUGCGACCUUAAAUAGCGGGAACUGCAUGGGUUUUCUCGUCUUGUUCUCCUCCGCCGCUGUAGAGCCUUCCGGUGCGCUGUUGUUAUGUUACUGUACUUGCUCAAUUUAU